GAAAAGGCGACAAGAUGGACUUGCAACAGGCGUACGCCAACAUCCCGCCCAUCACCAAGACGCUGGUGACGGGCGCGAUGGUGAUCACCUUGGCAGGCAACUUUGGGCUGCUACCUGUGCGAGCACUGAUCCUCGACUUUUACGACGUCUGGUACAACUUUGCGAUUUGGCGACUGGUGACGUCUGUGUUCUUCUUUGGCAAGCUCGGCUUUCCUUUCCUCAUCAACGUCUACUUCCUCUACAACUACUCCAUGCGCAUUGAGACUGCAGGCCUCUAUGACCGUCAGCCUGCCGACUAUGUGUUUAUGCUGCUUGUGCACUGGGUGACACUGUUGGUCAUCGGAUACUUCCUGGCGCUGCCGAUUAUCGGCAUCCCACUUGUGCUCGCCAUCAUGCACGUGUGGUGCAACGUCAACCCAGAUGUCCCAGUGCGCUUCUGGUUCGGUCUCACCUUCAAGGCGCUGUACUUGCCGUGGGUUCUCCUUGUCUUCAACAUCCUUACCGGUGGAACUGGCAUGAUGGAGCUGCUUGGCAUCCUGACUGGUCACGUGUUCUACUUUAUCAAGUACAAGUGGCCCGAGCUUGGCGGACCUUCUCUCCUGGAGACGCCACAGUUCCUGCGGGAGUUCUUUCCGAAUGCGGCUGGUGGUGUUGCCGGCUUUGGCGAGGCACCCGCGUCACGACAACCCCAGGCCCCGCGUGAUCCACAGGGGUUUGCUGGUCGUGGCCACGUCCUUGGCAACAACUAG